UUUCCUUUUUUCUUUACAGAAAAUGCGCCAAUUCCAAAAAACGCUUGAGGAUUUGACUUCGCGUGUCGCCUCCGCUGAAGCAACAACAACAUCAUGGCAACCACCUGCCUCCGCACAGGAAGCCACAGAGCAAAUGCAACAUUUGCAACGUUUGCGCGACAAAAUGACCACCGCCGGUGCACUGUUGGACGAUUGCAACGAACAGCAGGCAUUCUUUACCGCCAAUCAAGUUUUGGUGCCCGCUGUAUGCCUAUCAAGGCUAGAAGAUUUGAAUACAAGAAUGAAACUACUCCAAAUUGCAAUGGACGAACGUCAAAAGGUACUUUGCAAUGCUGGCGCAAAUCAGGCUUUGGAAAACGGUGAAGAUGGCCGCACAACAUCGAAUAGUGGCACAAUCGGGCCAUUACCCAAUCUGGGACAGAGCGUUAAGCCGCCUUGGGAACGAGCAACGACAGCAGCCAAUGUGCCUUACUACAUUGAUCACGAACGCGAAACCACCCACUGGGAUCAUCCAGAAAUGAUAGAACUAAUGAAGAGCUUAGCCGAUCUUAAUGAAAUACGCUUCUCAGCCUAUCGUACUGCGAUGAAAUUGCGCGCUGUGCAAAAGCGUUUAGCUCUCGAUCGCAUACCAAUGUCCACUGCCAUCGAAUCGUUCGAUCGUCAUUCGCUACGCGCACAAAACGACAAACUCAUUGACAUACCCGACAUGACAACCGUCUUGCAUUCGCUCUAUGUGACAAUCGAUAAAAUUGAUUUGACAUUAAUGUUGGAUUUGGCUAUAAACUGGAUAUUGAAUGUGUACGAUUCGCAACGUACCGGACAGAUACGAGUGCUGAGCUUUAAGGUUGGCCUCAUUUUGCUUUGCAAGGGCCACCUCGAGGAGAAGUAUCGUUAUCUGUUUCGCUUAGUUGCCGAUCCUGAACGCAGAGUUGAUCAAAGAAAAUUGGGUUUGCUGCUGCACGAUUGCAUACAGGUGCCACGCCAGUUAGGCGAAGUUGCCGCUUUUGGCGGUUCCAACAUAGAGCCUUCGGUGCGCUCUUGUCUCGAACGCGCAGGCAUCUCACAAGAAGCUAUCGAUGCCAAUCAGGAAAUUGCCAUUGAACAAUCACACUUCCUCGGCUGGUUGCAACAUGAGCCGCAAAGCUUAGUAUGGAUGCCGGUCCUACAUCGUCUGGCAGCUGCCGAAACGGCCAAACAUCAGGCAAAGUGUAACAUUUGCAAAGAGUAUCCGAUAAUUGGAUUCCGUUAUCGCUGCCUCAAGUGCUUCAAUUUCGAUAUGUGCCAAAAGUGUUUCUUCUUUGGACGCAAUGCCAAAAAUCACAAACUGAGUCAUCCAAUGCACGAAUACUGCACAACGACCACCUCAACAGAAGAUGUCCGUGACUUUACAAGAGCACUGAAAAACAAAUUUAAGAGUCGCAAGUAUUUCAAAAAGCAUCCACGUGUCGGCUACUUGCCGGUGCAAAGUGUGCUUGAGGGUGACGCUUUGGAGAGCCCCGCUCCCAGUCCGCAGCACACUACACACACCUUGCAGAAUGACAUGCACUCGCGCUUGGAGAUGUAUGCUUCCCGCCUGGCUCAGGUCGAGUACUGUACCGGUUCCAAUUCCACACCCGACAGUGAUGACGAACAUCAGCUAAUCGCCCAAUAUUGCCAAGCGUUGCCAACCAACAACGGCAGCGGACCCAAAUCUCCCGUUCAAGUAAUGGCAGCCAUGGAUGCCGAGCAACGCGAAGAGCUUGAAGCGAUUAUACGCGACCUGGAAGAGGAGAAUGCAAAUUUGCAAGCAGAAUAUCAGCAGCUAUGCACCAAACAGAAUAGUACCACACCUGAUGCGGAUGGUGGUAUGCAACAUUCAACAUCUGUUAUGGGUGGAUUAGCGACAGGUGCAAAUGCCGGCGGCGGUCAAGGUGAACAUGGACAGGAUAUGAUUGCUGAAGCGAAAUUGCUGCGCCAGCAUAAGGGACGCCUAGAGGCACGCAUGCAAAUACUAGAGGAUCACAAUCGUCAACUGGAAGCACAGCUACAGCGAUUACGACAGUUGUUGGAUGAGCCGAAUAGUGGCGCUGUAAAUGCCGGCGGCUCAGCGUUGAAUUCCAAACCGAAUACGUUGCAAACACGUUCGGUGACUGCGUCGCAAUUGAACACCGACUCACCGGCGAAAAUGAAUCAACAAAAUGGCCAUUAUGAGCAAAACACAAUCAUAAUCGCGCUUGAAUUCAACCCAUUUGAUUAACUCUUAGAAUAUUGUAAUUGUUAGCUGUUCUUUGUGCAAGUUUCUAGAACAAGGGUGGCCAUUUCAUAGGCACGUGUGUCAAAUUUUUCUCUUCUGCUUUCACACGAGAAAAACUGCGCUGAUUUCACACAUACAUGCGUAUACUCUAUAAAUCAGUGAUGCCAACGAUUAUGGUUUUGCUGCGAUCGUGCUCAAUCGAUGCGAAAAACUUUCAAGCCAUCAAGUCGCUGCAAGACAUGGUAAAAGUGUUUAGUAUGGAAGGUAGGGCACAAUGUUUGGUGUGUCGUGGUUCAUGAAGAAAGCGCACGGGUGACAAACUUUUUCGUUAAGCGCGUGUAUAGCGCCAUUUCUCCUUAUUACCA